AUGGGAACCCCUGUGAAAUUCCAAAGGCUGGCGGCUGUUUUUGAAGAAGCGGCGAGAAAUAAAGAGAGUGAGAGCAGCGGCAGCGAACACUCGCCGGAAAGCUUGACGGAUUUGUCUGAUCUUGUGAAUUCAUUUCUUGAGAGAGAAGAGGGAGAGACUGAAGAAAAUGAUCAAGAGAGAGAGGUUGAAUCCGAACAGGAAAACAAUUGCCCCGAUUUUGAAUUGUUGAAAAAUGAUUUGGAAAGUUUAAUAGAAUCUGAUGAGGAGGACAUCAUCACAAGAAACAUUCAUGUAGAGGUUGAAAAGGCCUGCCGUGAGAUCGGUAAUAGCUCAUUGCCGGAUUUUAAACGCCGUUUAAUGGCUCGGUUGCGGCACAGAGGUUUUGACGCGGGUCUUUGCAAAUCAAAGUGGGAGAAAACAGGUGGCUGCCCAUCUGGGGAUUAUGAAUACAUUGAUGCAUAUGUUUCUGGAACUCGUUUCAUAAUCGAAGUUUUCCUCGCUGGAGAAUUCACAAUAGCACGUCCAACAAGCAGUUACACCUCGCUGCUUGAAGUUUUUCCAUCAAUAUAUGUUGGCAAAAUGGAUCAGUUAAAGAAAGUGGUGAGAUUAAUGUGCAGAGCCAUGAGGAAGUCAUUGAAAACAAAUGGCCUCCACCUGUCGCCGUGGCGGCGGCUUGCUUGCUUGCAGCUCAAGUGGUUUGGCUCCUACAGAAGAACCAUCAAUGAAAUUCCAGGCCGGACGGUAUCCGAUUCCGGUGAGGGUCUAUCUCGGAAGAGCCUGAUCGGGUUCGUUCCCGUGCCGGUGAUUUCUUACAAAUGCAGGGAGGAUUUAGGUAGUAGGGUUGGUGGGAGAGUAGGAAACUUUGCCGCGUCAAUCUGGCCAUUCAAUCCAAGGCCGCCUUAA